AGUGUAAAGUCACACUCCUCUCUCUAAGUCGUCUCUCGCGCUCUCUCUAGAGUGGAAAAAGAAAAAGGAAAAAAAAAAAAAAAACAAAAAAGAAAAACGAAACUCUUUUAAGCCUUUCUUCGAACAGUUCAUCUACAACGACAAAUUUCACCGGCGAUUAUCUUCGUUAGGAAAACUGCUUAGAACCCAAAAGUACCGAGAAAUCAACAGCCUAACAGAAAACGGCUACUUCUCCUUUCUCGGUUUCGUACGAUAGGUCAUUUCCAAAGCAUAGAGACCAACUUUCACGAUGAAACGGUGGCGUUUUCGUGCUUAAGUUUUUAUGCAACUUUCUAUUGUUGCAUACACAUAGGGAGGAGGUAUAACGGGUGGUUCUGAUGGGAAGAGUGGCUUUGGGAGUGGCGGUGGGUGUGGCGGUGGUGGCAUGUGCGGUGGCCGGGGUGGUGGUAGGCAGGAGGGUAAGGAGUCGGAAGAAGUGGAGGAGAGUGCUGGGAGUAUUGAAGGAGUUGGAGGAGUCUUGUGAAACCACAAUUGGAAGGUUGAGGCAAGUAGUUGAUGCUAUGGCUGUGGAGAUGCAUGCUGGGUUGGCUUCUGAAGGAGGCUCUAAGCUCAAAAUGUUGCUCACUUAUGUGGACCAUUUACCUACGGGGAGUGAGAUAGGAACUUAUUAUGCUCUAGAUCUUGGGGAUACUAAUUUUAGGGUCUUGCGGGUUCAGCUAGGAGGCAGAGAGUCCUUAAUGUUGUCAAAAGAUGUGGAGCAACAACCUAUUCCUCAGCACUUGAUGACAAGCAGUAGCGAGGAUCUCUUUGACUUCAUUGCUUCAACAUUAAAGCAGUUCGUUGAAAAAGAAGAAAGUGGUUCCGAGUUUGCUUCAGUUAGAACAAGGGAACUUGGAUUUACAUUCUCCUUUCCUGUAAAACAAACGUCUAUUCGUACAGGGAACCUCAUCAAAUGGACAAAAGGAUUUGCUAUCGAGGACAUGGUUGGAAGAGAUGUUCUUGAAUGUUUACAAGCGGGAUUGACCAGGAAUGGUCUAGAUAUGCAGGUCGUCUUGUUGGUAAAUGAUACUGUUGGAUCACUAGCUCUUGGACAUUAUUGUGAUGCUGACACUGUUGCUGCAGUAAUAAUUGGAACGGGUACUAAUGCUUGCUAUCUAGAGCGGGCUGAUGCUAUUAUAAAGUGUCAAGGCCUUCUUACAACUUCUGGAGGCAUGGUUGUCAACAUGGAAUGGGGAAAUUUCUGGUCAUCUCAUUUGCCAAGGACUUCCUAUGAUAUUGAUUUAGAUGUUGAAAGCCUUAACCCAAAUGAUCAGGGUUUUGAGAAAAUGAUAUCCGGAAUGUAUCUAGGUGACAUUGUUAGGAGAGUGAUUCUCAGAAUGUCACAGGAGACGGACAUCUUUGGACCUGUUUCCUCCAGAUUGACAACACCGUUUAUUUUGGAAACAUAUCUUGUUGUUGACAUGCACGAGGAUGACUCUCCUGAUCUGCAGGAAGUGGCUAGAAUCUUGAAAGAAAUUCUGGAGAUCACAGAAAUUCCUUUGAAGGCUAGAAAGCUUGUUGUUAGAAUAUGUGAUGUAGUGACCCGGAGGGCUGCAAGGUUGGCAGCAGCUGGCAUUGUGGGAAUAUUAAAGAAGAUUGGCCGGGAUGGGACUGGGGGGAUCACCAGUGGAAGAGGUAGAAGUGACAUAAAAAUGAAAAGAACAGUUGUGGCAAUUGAAGGGGAUUUAUAUACAACCUAUACAAUGUUCAGGGAAUACUUGCACGAAGCCUUGAAUGAAAUAUUGGGGGAGGACGUUGCCCCACACGUAAUUCUUAAAGCCACAGAAGAUGGAUCAGGCAUAGGAGCAGCUCUCCUUGCUGCCUCGUAUUCAUCCUGAAGUGUGGAUAGCGUACAGUUGCUAUAAAUAUAUAUAAUAUUAUAUAUAUACAUAUAGCCCCUGUAAAUGUAGAAUUCUUUUCAAUAUAUUGAAAGGGUGUCUCCAAAAUUUCACCUUUCCAAAUGGGUUCUCGUUGUAUCUUUUAUGUUGUUUAGUUUUUACCCCCCUCCAUUUUUUUUAACC